UACCGCGAGAAAGCUGAGAAUAUUGCGCAAAACCUCACUUUCACGCCGGGACCAGUAUCUUCAUCCUUCUCAGUUCCAUCAGUGGACCAAGUACUACACGCCUUCAUGUCCGCCAAACCAGCAACGAAGUCAGUCAACACAGCCAUCAGCCAACUGCUCAGCGACGUCAAGGAGAUGGUAACAGAACUCACUUCCCUCAAGAAACUGAAGUUCAAUCCUCAACUCGCCGAACGCGACGAUGCCAUCUUCGCCAACCUGACUGGACUCCCGGACAUCAAGAACUUCGAACGCCUCACUCAACACAGUGACGACAACUUCGGAGUACCUUAUCCUCCUAAUUCAUCAUUCACACCACCUGACCAAUAUUCUCAACAACUGCUAGUCCAAAUUUUCACACCCUAUGUGAAUAACCCCACCUCGGAAAUGAGUUAUUCACUGAAAAUUCCUGCUAACAUGCUGAUCCGACCAAUCGAAGAAAACACGACUAGUGCCACCAAGACGACCAGCACUCCCAAGCAGCACAUUUCUACGACUGCCCGGACGCCGACUACGAUCUGGACCACUACUCGUCCCGUCACUAUCGUCAGUACUACUAAUAGCAAGCCGCGAACGACUUCAACACCGCCUGCCACGAAACAAAGUAGUACCGCCUCUUCGACCACCAAACUUCACGUGCCAUCAACUACCUUCUUACCGCAGUUCCAACAAACUCUUGUUGUAGAACGAAGAUCCAUCCAAGAUCUGGACGAGCAGAACUUGAACGCGAAAGCAAAUUACAUCGCUUCUAAGUUUGAUGCCGAAGAAAAUUUCAAAAACAAUAUUCCCCGCCGCAUCGCUCAGGAUCAUCUACAAUAUGCCACAGGUGUUUUUCAAGAGGACCUCCGAAAACACUUCCAGGACACCUACGAGAACAUCUGCGAAAUCCAGAACAAGUACCUUGAGUUAUGGCAUUCGAUCCUUCAUAUCGAACCAACCAUAGCCAUGAGAACUAUUCUAGGAAGAGAAGACAUAGCAGCUAGAUUUGUCGGAAGACACAUCGUGCACAUUCA